AUGCCAAAAGCAUCCAAGCGACAGAAGGAAAAGAAGGCAGACUUCCAGAAAACCAAGCUCAAGCUUGGCAAAGGAAAGCAAGCCGCCAACAAUGCGACCGACACGUCCUUCAAGGCCAAGACGAUCGCGCUGCCGCAGCAGUCGAUCAAUGCCGACAAGUCGGGCAAGCUCGUCAACUCGCGCAACCUCACUGUAGCGGAUCUCGCGCUCCAACUCCGCCACUACUCGGCGGGCGUGCGAAGGGAUGCGGUCGCAGGCAUCAAAGAGAUUCUCACGCUCCACCCGAGCUUGAUGCUAUCGGCUGCGCCACAGCUCGUGCCGGAACUGUCUCGCUGCAUCGGCGACGACGACGGCACGGUCCGCAAGCAGUUGCAUCUCCUCUUCGCAUGGAUGUUGCCGCAGAUCCCGCUGCAGCUGCUCGGUCCAUAUCACAACACUCUGCUGCUCUACACCACCUCGGCACUUAGUCAUAUCUACCCAGAAGUGCGGCUGGACGCCAUCAAAGUGCUCGACGUCUGCCUCGAUGUCCUGCCCCACACCGCAACUUCAGGCUGGCAAGACGCCGUUUUCAACAUGUCAAAGGCCAGCACCUCAACGGCGGCCAAUCCGGUCGCCGCAGGACCCAGCACGUCAGCACAUCAGCCGCAUGGAGAAAGGAUCAUGAACUGCUUCCUCAACCUCCUCGGAGUCACACGCAGAUCAGGCAACGCCGUCUCCAUCACUGCCACGGACCUGGCUCCCGCUGCCAAACUCCUCAUCCUCAGCUCACUCAGGACUUUCCUCUCGCACGCCCUUCCCACCACCUCAAGCGACGGUGAUGACCACUCGUCCAGGUGCCCUACCUGGUUCUUCCGCUCCGCCUUUGCCUCUACAGCCGAGUUUGAGCACUUCGAAUCCCUGCUCGGCAAGCACACCAAUUCCAACCGCACCCGCACCCUCUCCGUCUUCGCAUCUGCAGCCAAGGAUCGUUCGCACCCAGAUGUCAACUCAGGCUCCACCACCCAGGCUUCUCUUUCGCAUUGGACGGACAGCGAGAUGUCAACUUUGACCUUGAUGGACCUCGACUCCACUUCCGGCACAUCCGUACAGCAGUCCGACCUUUUCGCUUCUUUGCAGGCUGCCCUCUCCUUAUCGGCUUCGGCUGGCAAUGGCUCGUCGGGCUCCCAUGCUGCUCAGUCGGCAGCAUUGGCGCUGUACGAGCUGCUCGACCCUAUCCUGCUCGCUUCCUUCCUUGACACGGCUCCAGCGGCGUUCCAGCCCGACCUCGACCUCUCCCAUCAGGUGCGGGGCCAGAACGUUGGGCUCUCAACGCCUUCCCAACUCAUCUUUGAGAUCAUCCAGCUCCUCCUGACUCUCUGGCGCGGCGCGUCGGCCCCCACUUCAAAAGCGCGCACCUCGCUCGCAAACUUGCUCGGCCAUGCUUCCAUCUACUUUCCCUUCAGCAGCCACACUUGGUCCAGCACUCUGUCGCACAAGGCAAAGUCGCUCGUCGUGCAGAUGGAUCUCGCCUAUGCCGAGCUUGCCGCGCUCUUCGCCAUCAACACGGAAGACUCGCAAAAGGCCAAGUACAAGUUCAACGUCGACGUCCAGGUCGCUGCGGUCGCAGCCUUUGUCUCGGAGCUGCUCGCGGUGCCAGUCACGGAGCAAGGCACGGUCUCGCUUGGCAGCGUAGGCGGCUCGGCCGCCAGUGUGCUUGACGCCGACACCUUCCAUGCACUCUUGCCCACCUUGUGGUUCCUGCUUGGCGCGGAACACGAGACUUUACUCGACAGCCUCCUCACCGCCUACCAGGCGUACUCCACGCAGCAUCGAGUCAAGCCAAUCCUCUUUGAAUUCCUCGCUCGCGCCUAUCUUCUGUCCAAGCUGCGGGCUCAGACCCCCUUCACCCAGGCGGAAAGCGAUCGCAUCCUUCAGACCCUACUGUUGGGCCUUCCACGCAACCUUUGGGAAGCGGCUUCCAACUCGAGUGGUCAUGCAUUUGCUGGCUUGCAGCUCGAGCUUCUCCACUUUGUCUUGCUCCUCCCUUCGCCCCCAGCAGCUCUGGAGUUUGGAAAGCUCGCACCCUUCUACUGGGUCACGCAUCCGACCAAGAAGGUGUCGGGCCCCGGACCAUUUAACAAACUGCCAUCUCUUCUGCGUAAGCUGGCACUCGACAACUCGGUCCUGCUGCGAACUUGCGAUGGCAGGCUCGACAAGGCCAUCUCAUCUGCACGCCAAUCUGUAAUUCGAAGCCCGUGA